AGUAGCUUGAAUGUGGUUCGGGGACCUCUUUCUCAGUACACACCGACCUGGGCUUAGGGUUAAGGUUCAUCGGACGUCUCAUAUGGGCCCGCGCCUCGCAUCAAUAAUUCGUUCGGGAUGCAGGAGGGAACCGGUUGAGGGCUGUCUCGUGUAGCCAGCUGGGAUAUAAGUACGAAGGCACCGACCUGAUUCUGAUCUCUUCCUUGUACCUUGUAUACCUGCCCCUUGAUACCUGGUACCUACCACCCUGAUACCUUGUACAUCAAACUACCACCCUGCAUUAUACACGAGAAGAGACCGACACCCAAGCCAGGAUGUAUCUUCUUCAUCUCCUCCACCUGCUCUUCACCCUCACCCUAGCCACCGUCUCCAUUGCAACCCCCACCGCAGCCGCCGGCGCCGGCGCCGCUGCUUCCACCCCGACCAGUUCCAGCGAUAGUAGUAGUCCAUAUGUGCAAUGUGCGGAGAAUAUCCUCGAAGCGUGUCUCAACCAAAUGAAACCUGAAAUGGACAACUGUAACCAGAAUGAUUGGUCGUGUUUGUGUACUCAGAGCAAGAAUAUUUUGACAUGCUACAACGACUGCCCCUCCUCCCCGAACCACGCCGGCGCAGUGCAACAAAAAAUCGAAUACUGUAACGCGGCCGAAGCCAACAGCUUAUACUCGACCACGACGUCGUCGAUGUCUGUGAGUUCGACGAGCACGGCCGCGACGGAGACGACCAGUUCGAGUGAGGUGUCCAGAACGGCGGCCGCGUCGGCGGUGAAGUCGUCGGGGGCGGCUGUUGCUAUUGUUGCUGGUGGUGGUGGUGGUGAUGGGAGGGGGGUGUUGUUGGGGGGGAUUUUGGGGGCUUUGGUUUUGGGGUUGUGAAUUGUCUAGUUAGGUGUAUAGGAGUGGUUGGG